AUGGACUCGGAUUCGGAUGCCAGCUCAUCAGCGAGUCCCACGCCGUCCCGGUCUUCGUCCCCACAGUGGCGAGCGCCAGCCGACGUGCCAAGGUCUGCGGCACCAGAUGCGCCGGCUGUACCGGAUGCGUUCGAUGCGCUCGACCUGCCCUCCGCACCAGAUCCCGCCGCUGACGGCCUGUCUGGCUUUGUGCUCUAUGCGGAAGAAACUCUAAUCAUAGAGGAGAUCAGCGACUUUGACAGCGAAGACGGCCGUUUGCUGGUGCUCCGGCCAACCACGAUCGAGGAGGCCGAAUCGUCAGAGGGGCCCAGUAGCCCUACCCCGGUUCCCAGUCACACCCAUCAUCGGGAUCGCAGCCGGCACAGGACGCCACCCGUUUUUAGCUCUUCACCCAGCCGUCCUGACAUCGACGGCUACGUCAUGCAUGGACUGGAAGAUCUCACGUGCCGGGGCGAGUCGGACGAAGACGGUGCAGCCGUGGACGACGAGCGGGACCUGACCGAGGCAGAGCAUAACUUCUUUCGCUUGAGGGAUCGCGAGAAAAAACGCCACCGUCGCAUGACGUCGGGUAGCAUCAGCAAGCGCACCAUCAGCGAAAGUAUUGGCAGUGACACCGAUACUGAGGACCUUUCCCAGAUGCCGUUGGAUGCGAAUGACGUCGGCGCGAGUGCACGUCGCCUGCGCCGCCGCCUUGAUCGCCACAGUCUGCUAUUUGCCGACCCGCCACCGCCUCGCAUUGAAGAGCUGGACGAGCCAGACACCAGCGACGACGACAUGAUCCGGGAUGGCGAGACUCUGGCCCGUGAACUGCCAUACUAUACUUUGGAAUAUAUUAGCAUGGAGGUGGACUCGGCCUGA